AUGCAUCACGCCAGCCUUUCUCUCGGCGGCCAGACCUACACUGGUGGUCUUCCCUGGAACGCUCCUGCUGAUGCUGUUGGAUGGUCUGCUGGUAACCAAGAUAACGGCUUUGUGGAACCCAAUGCCUUUGGAACUGCCGAUAUCAUCUGCCACAAGAACGGCAAGCCUGCUUCCAACGCUGCCACUGUCGCCGCUGGGGAUACCCUCACAUUGGUGUGGGACACUUGGCCAGAAUCUCACAAGGGUCCUGUGAUUGAGUAUCUUGCUCCCGUCUCUGGAGACUUCACAAGCAUCAACAAGGCCAGCCUCUCGUGGACCAAGAUCUCUCAGAAGGGCCUUAUCUCCGGCUCUAGCCCCGGAACCUGGGCUGCUGACCAGCUUAUUUCCAACGGCUUCUCUUGGACCGUCACGAUCCCCAAGAACCUCAAGCCCGGCAACUAUGUUCUCCGCCAUGAGAUCAUCGCCCUUCACUCCGCCGGUCAGGCCAACGGAGCUCAGGCCUACCCCCAGUGCAUCAACCUCAAGGUCACUGGCAGCGGUACUGGUUCCCUCCAAGGCUCGGGCGCUUUCACCACCUUCUACACCCCUCAGGACCCUGGCAUCCUGUUCAACCUCUACCAGUCCUUCAGCAGCUACCCUAUCCCCGGACCCGCUGUCCAGACCCCUUAA